AAAUGACCAUUAUCAGGCUCUAGGAGAAUUUCACUUAUUCUUAUCAGUAGCAACCUUUUCUAUGUACAGAAAGAAAGGAACGUUUCGUUUGGGAAUUCCCACAUAAACUUUAGAGUCAAGCUAGCUGUAGCCAGUAGGCUCUACGCGGUGUUGUUGUGAGCAGCAGCAGAAGCAAAUUAGCUACCAUUGCAUAACCUCAUACAUCACCUCCAUACUUGUCUCUGUGUCUGUGACAAGAAGGAAGAUGAAGAUUUUCUCAGCUCAAGUUGAGGAAGGUAAACAAGGCAAAGAUGGCAAGCCUUCAAUUGGUCCAGUGUACCGUAAUUUACUUUCAGAAUAUGAUUUCCCUCCACCUGAUCCCCAAAUAUCUACGUCUUGGGAUAUUUUCAACGUAGCUGUUCAGAGGAAUCCUGGAAAUCGGAUGCUUGGGUGGCGCAAAUUUGUUGAUGGGAAGCCGGGGCCUUAUGUAUGGAAAACAUACAAAGAAGUCUACGAGGAAGUUGUGCAUGUUGGUUCUGCAUUACGAGCAUCUGGUGCUGAACCUGGCUCUCGUGUUGGGGUUUAUGGACCAAAUUGCCCUCAAUGGAUUGUGGCAAUGGAGGCUUGCAAUGCCCAUAAUUUGAUUUGUGUGCCUCUCUAUGAUACUCUUGGGCCAAGCGCUGUAAAUUUUAUCAUAGAUCAUGCUGAAGUUGAUUUUGUCUUUGUCCAAGACAAGAAAGUGAAAGAACUAUUGAAUCCUGAUUGUACAUCUUCUCAACGGCUAAAAAUUAUCGUCAGCUUCACUUCAUUGACAGAUGAAGAAAAUGAUAAGGCAGCCCGUACUGGAAUAAAACCAUACUCAUGGGAUGAAUUUCUCCAGAUGGGAAAACAAAAUCCUUCAGAGUUUUCUCCACCUCAGGCUUAUAAUGUUUGCACAAUUAUGUACACAAGUGGUACCAGUGGAAAUCCUAAAGGAGUUGUGUUAACACAUGAAACAAUUGCAUUCACUGUUAGGGGGAUUGACCUUUUCUUGGAACAGUUUGAAGACAAGAUGACAGGGGACGAUGUGUAUCUAUCUUUCCUGCCCCUGGCUCAUAUCCUGGAUCGCAUGAUUGAGGAGUACUUUUUCCAUAAUGGUGCUUCGGUUGGCUAUUAUCAUGGGGAUCUUAAUGCAUUGGGAGAUGACUUGAUGGAAUUAAAACCUACUCUUUUCGCUGGGGUGCCUCGAGUUUUUGAACGAGUAUAUGAAGGUAUAAAGAAAGCCCUACAAGAGCUCAAUCCAAGGAGAAGGAAGAUUUUUGAUAUUCUCUAUAAAUACAAACUUGCAUGGAUGAAUAUGGGGUAUAAGAACAAAUAUGCAUCUCCCUUAGCAGAUCUGUUAGCCUUCAGGAAGAUAAAAGCUAGGUUAGGUGGUCGUGUUCGGCUUAUAAUAUCUGGAGGUGCACCCUUGAGCUCUGAGAUCGAAGAAUUCUUGCGGGUUACAUGCUGUGCUUUUGUCGUCCAAGGCUAUGGAUUGACAGAAACUUGUGGGCCGACAACUCUUGGUUAUCCGGAUGAAAUGAGCAUGGUUGGUGCUGUAGGCACUGUAGCUGUAUACAAUGAGAUGCGGCUGGAGGAGGUUCCAGAGAUGAACUACAAUCCACUUGGAAAUCCUCCUUGUGGAGAGAUAUGUAUCAAAGGGAAAAGUACGUUUACCGAGUACUACAAAAAUCCUGAAUUGACUAAAGAAGCAAUCAAAGAUGGGUGGUUUCAUACAGGGGACAUAGGGCAAAUGCUUCCAAAUGGAACUAUUAAGAUAAUUGACAGGAAGAAGAAUCUCAUAAAACUCUCCCAAGGAGAGUAUAUUGCGCUUGAGUACCUGGAAAAUGUUUAUGGUAUCACUCCAAUUGUUGAAGAUAUCUGGGUUUAUGGGAACAGCUUCAAAUCAUCGCUGGUGGCCGUAGUGGUACCGCAUGAAGAAAACACCAAAAGAUGGGCAUAUUUAAAUGGUUUUGUGGGUUCACUCUCUGAACAUUGUGCUCUUCAGCAGCUAAAUAGUUAUAUCCUUUCCGAGUUGAAGUUAACAGCUGAGAGAAACAAGCUUAGAGGUUUUGAAAAUAUCAGAGCAAUCAUUCUGGAACCUAGACCUUUUGACAUGGAAAGAGAUUUGAUUACCGCAACAAUGAAAAAGAAAAGAAAUCAGCUGCUCAAGUAUUAUCAGGAUCAAAUUGAUGAACUUUACAGUAACUUGGCUGGAAAAUGGUCAAGGUGAAGUCCUCAAGGUCUUCAAAUUCAGAGCAACAGACUUUCUUGAAUAUAUUAUUUUAUAUUAUAGAAAAAUAUUAGUUACUUAUGCCAAAGCGGUUCAAUCCCCAAUGUUUUAUGUAUGACAUAUUAAGCUGAAAUGACUUCCCUAGGCUUAUCAAGAACAGCCUCUGUUUACUAUUCAUAGUAAUUAGUCAACUAUAAGUUGCUUGUUCCCAUGCCCCAGAAACACGAUGUUCUCGAUUGGCUUGGAUUAUAGUCAAGCUGUCUUUUUGCACUUA